UUUUUUGAUUGUUUUUAGGUCAUCUUUUCAAGAGCAUCAUGUCUGGGUUGGUUGCAGCCGUUCGCUCGGCGAUUGUGGACAAUUUGUUUGGGACGACAGCAGAACCGGACAAUGGUACUGCUCGCAGUGAUGGCAACGAUCUGCCGCAGGACAGCCAGCAGUUUGGCGGGAGCAGCGGUCGCUCAAGCGCUUACGGCCUUCGCUCACUUCCCGCAGUCGCAUACGACCACAUGGAAGCGCCGCACCACCGCGGACACCACCACGCACAGCACCCUCACCCCCACCAGAGUCCGGCGAACGAAGCAGCUCCAGACGAGGACCAGAACCCUGCCUCGACGGCGGGAAUUCAGCAACACCAGCAUUCCUCACUGACCGCCAUCCGGGACAAUCACGAUGCCGAUGCUGAUGCCGAUGCUGCUACCGGGUGGACGCAGACGAGCAGUGAAGCUGUUGUCGAUGAUGAUGAUGACGGCUAUGGCGACGACGGGAUCUCUCACCAGGAGGAGGACGACUUGGUAUUGAAUUCCGCAAACCAAUCCAAACCAUCCCACAUCGAGAAUGACCGCGACGACAAGUUCAAGCGUGCCGGCAACGCAGAUGAAACGACAGUGAACGCUAGCAACGAUAAUGAGGACGAGGAUGACGAUGAUGAAGCCAGCAGCGAUCGUUCCAUGCAUGAUGAUGGCGCUGGUGUGAGUGCUUCAACGCAACAGUUGUCUGAGAAACGCGUCCCGCGCAAGCAGCGAAAUUCGCAUUCUCUACCAACUCGUCGAACAGCAGAUCGCACAACGUUGUUGCAGCAAGAACCAUCUCCAGUUCCAUCCGUCAACGCAAGCGCGAACAACCGACAUGCGGCUGACUCUGCCUCGCUUGCUCGGGGAGGGAAAUUCGAGACCGUACAAUAUCAGCAGCAGCAGUUACAGCACGUCUCUGUAGAGACCUUGAGAGGCUCUAUGGUAGAUAUUAGACAGAUGGCUGGAUACAAGAGCCGGGGUAAAAAGCGCCCGGCGUUCUUCACGCCGCCUGCAGCACGACAGACCCACUUUGACUCCUCAACCGUCCAAGUCGUCCACUCGGACAAUGUGCGCAUUUCCCAAAGAUCUCGCGCCCUGGCUUCUCUGCAUCACCGCGCCCCGCCGCGCAGCCUUCCUGCAUCUCCACUCGCGCUGCAGUCGGCCGACUCUGACCCGCUCUUCCGUCGGCAUGUCCGGGCUCUGCGUGCCAUCGAACGUCAGAUUCGGUCCGAGUACACUUACUCGAACGUCUCGGCGCCGAACGAUCAGCCGCUGAUCGACUCGCUGGUUGACUCUGUUUGGGGGCUUUGGGAUAAGUUUCUUGCUGCAUGA